GGCCAUCCUAACCCGGCGCAGUCUCUCUCCCCGACGCCUCUCUCCAUCCCCAAAUCGCCACCACCGCCCACUCCCAGCACCGGCAGCCUCCGGCGAUCUCCCGCGCCGCCACGUACCAGCGCCUCUCCGCCUCGCCUCUCUCCUCAAGCCCCCUGCAUCCGCGAAAUCCUACCGAGCAAACACCCUUCUCCCGAACCUUCCACGGCGGCGGCGUCAGGCGUGGUUUGGUCGGAGCCCCAUCGUCUAGUAGCAGAAGCUCCGCCUAGAACGGCAAAGGGCCCGGCCGCACGGUGGAAGCAGGGCUGCCGCUUCGUUCCCUAAAUCCCGGCGCCUAAACCCUCCAAAUCUCGACUGGGCCUAGAGUUUGUUCGGACUGUCACUCGCCGCUUCCCUAAUCAGAGCCGGAGGCGCCGGCGGCGGCGGCGGCGGUAGGAAUGGGGGACGAAGAUGGUGACCCCGACUGGCUUACCGCCUUCCAGGCACCAAGUACUGCACCGGUGAUGCUUUCUUCUGAUUCCGACCGUUCUCGUGGAAAUAGCCCUACAAGAACCGGUCCAUCUAAACAAGAAGAAAAGGCUCCGAGGAAGAAGUUGAUGCUCUCAUCUGAUUCUGAUGCUUCUCCUGUAAACAGCCCUUCAAGGGCUGGUGACGCUAAUGAAGAAGAGGACUCGCUUCCCAAUACCAGGAAAAAAGAUGGUCAGCAAGCUAAGGGUAAAAAAACAAAGGUUGCUGUAAGAAAAGUUCCUGAGAAAAGAGAUGGUAAGACUAAUGAGAAGGUUCCCGGAGAUGAAACAAAAAUAGAUACCUUGGAACAACCUGAAGAUGAAGCUAAUGAGGAAAAAAUGCAGGACAAGCUUGCGGAUAAUUCUGUCUCCCAGAGGUUGCCAUUGACCAUUGCUGAUAAAGUUCAACGUUCAAAGGCAUUGGUUGAAUGUGAUGGUGACUCGAUAGACUUGAGUGGAGAUAUUGGAGCUGUCGGUAGGAUAGUAAUUUCAGAUGGUCCGACUGGAAAUCAUGAUUUAUUACUGGACCUGAAAGGAACAGUGUACAAAUCAACUAUAGUGCCAUCCAGGACAUUUUGUGUUGUCAGCGUGGGACAAACAGAAGCAAAGAUAGAGGCUAUCAUGAAUGACUUCAUUCAGUUGGAACCUCAUUCCAAUUUAUUUGAAUCAGAGACUAUGAUGGAAGGUACCCUUGAUGGAUUCACAUUUGAUUCAGAUGGAGAGGGUGAUAGGCUUCAUGAACUUAACGCUUCUCAGAAUGAUCCAAACAAUGAGAAUGAAGAUCAACCUAAGGGGAAAACCAAAAGGAAAGCAGCCAUUAAGCCAGCGGCAAAGGGACAGAAGAAGGCAAAGGUUGCUAAGAAGGGAACAAGGAAAACCCAAACAACGAAGAGAGCGAAGAAGGCAAAGAAAUAGUUACUUGCCGAAGAACCGGGGUAUUCACUCUGAACUAGCUUGUGAAAUAGCAAGGAUGAGGACUCACUCUGAACUGACACAAGGAAGCGAUGCCCUAUAACCGACCCAGGUUUGGAUAUUAUCUGGGACUAUCGGUGUAUCAUGUUGUACUUUUUUUUAGGAACACUAGGGGAAACACAGUGUUGUAAUGCUAAUAACCGUAUGCUCUGUGCUGGUAGUUAGCCAACUCAGCGUCUGAGAAAUCAAACACUUCAUAUUUGUUUGUAAUAAGGAGAUGAGCCUUAUUAUGCAUGUGUGAUGAGAAGUUGUUGUACACUGUGAUUCCGUUGUAUUCAAAUGUAACAAUGCAGUUGUGUGACCAGAGCAGGAAAAUAGAAUUCUGAAUGUUUAUGGUUU